AUGGCAAAACUCAUGUGUCUGCUCUUGGUUGUUCUUGCUAUUGCAGUAACAACGAGGGCUGAGAGCUGCGAUAAAUAUCGUGAAGACAUAAUGCGGGAGUGUCUCAAGUACGAGAAAUUCCCAGAGGAGCCAAAAUUGGAUCCGUCCGAGGCAUGUUGCGCCGUGUGGCAGAAAGCAGACAUCCCAUGCCUGUGCAAGUUAAUUACCAAGAAGAUCGAGAGUGUAUGUUCUAUGGAAAAGGUGGCUUACAUCGUCAAGUUCUGCAAUAAGCCUUUCGCACCCGGCUACAAGUGUGGAAGCUACACCUUUCCUCCGCUGAAAUAA